AUGCAGAGGAAGAUAACUGAUGGCAUCUGGGCACCUGAUGAAAGAAAAGCAUGUCCUCAGAAAGGCAAUGGAGCAGCUCGGAAAAAGAAGGAAAAAGGUCUCUAUGCCGUGGCUCUUACAAAGCGGACUGCCAGCAAAUCUACCGGUGGUAUAGCAUCCAGGGAGCAAGCGGCUACAAAAGCCGCUCGCAGGAGUGCGCCCUCUACUGGAGGAGUGAAGAAACCUCAUCGUUACAUACCUGGUACUGUGGCACUCCGUGAAAUUAGACGUUAUCAGAAGUCCUCUGAACUUCUAAUUCGCAAACUUCCCUUCCAGCGUCUGGUGCGAGAAAUUGCUCAGGACUUUAAAACAGAUUUGUGCUUCCAGAGCGCAGCUAUCGACACCAACCUGUGUGCUAUGGAUGCCACACGUGUAACAAUUAUGCCAAAAGACAUCCAGCUAGCACGACGCAUACGUGGAGAACGUGUUUCACAGUCCACUAUGAUGGGAAGCAUUUCAUUAACAAAAAUUUUUUAA